AUGGUAUUUACUCAGUUGCUAGUCAAGUGUAGCACUUCCAGUUUGAGAGCUAUUCGAGGUACUCAGGAGUUAUUCUUGGCCAUGCUUAAUGUACCAUGUGGUGACAUGGAUGGAACUCAGGCAUCUGGCAAGGAGAAUUUGGUAUUCCAGACAGAAUCUCAUAUAAACUUCGAAAGAAAGUCUGAAAAUGCAGAUACAGAAACAGGAGAAAAUGUUCUGUAUAUACAGGAUAAGAAUCUUGAUAACUGCUGUGAGAUUAGUGGGAUGGACACAUUGCUUUGUGCUCCCAUUCAGACCCAAAUGCAACACAGAGAGGUUUCAAUUACUGAAUAUAAUCAUGAAAGAAAACAUGAAAACGAUCAAACAGUAAUCUUUUCAGAUGGAAACCAGAUGGAUCUGACAGCAAGUCAUACUGUAAUGAUUAAUAAUGACCUUUUAGAUUGUACCAAAGGACAAAAGUCCAAUACGAUAGACACCACAUCAUUUCUGGCUAAUUUAAAGCUUCACAGUGAAGAUUCAAGAAUGAAAAAUGAAUUAAAAAUAUCCAUGGAUCAAAGUACUUCUUCAGAAAAGAAAAUAAAUUUUAAUGACUUCAUAAAAAAUAUCAAAACAGAAAAAUUGGAUGAUUUUUCUUCUAAUAAGGAGAAUUAUUUAUCUUUUGAUAAGGAAAAUUAUGAGAUGCAUAUUUAUUCCAAGAAUUCAAAUAGGACUUCUACUACAUAUCAGAAGCACGAAUCUCUUAAAGUUGAUGAAAAUAGCACUAAUAUCACUAAACUCUUUAGAGAACAAGAUGAUGGAAUGAACUUUACUCUGAGUCACACAGCCAAUAUUCAGACUUUGGUUUCCUCAUCUAAUGAGGCCAGAUUAAGGGAAUUUAAAUGUAAUGAUACUACAAUUUAUGGCAAUGAUUUAAUGGAUUUGACAGUUAACCAUACUAUUCAGAUUUUACCUUCAGCAAAAGAUAAUUUGUCCAUGUCAGAAAAUCAAACUAUGAAUGUCUUGAUGGAUGACACAACGCAUCAUGGAACUAACAUUCCGGAAAAGAAGACAGUCUUUGAGAAUAAAUUGAAUGAUGACUUAAACCCUGAAUGCAAAGCGGAUAUUAGCAGAAGUCAUAUUAUAGGGGCAGAAACAAACACAAUUAUUCAGCCUUCUAACCAAGAGACAUUGACCAUUACCCCAGAAUCUAUACAUUUCAGUCCAGCGAGACAAGAUUAUAAGACAAUUUUUUAUUCUAGUUGUAAUGAUGCCAUGGAACUGACCAAAUGUAUCUCAGAUAUGAAGGAGAAAAAUUUGCUGAAUCAUGAUAGUGAUUUUUCUAGCAUGUAUCCUAAUCCAGAUGCCAAGUCUCUUUUCAUAGACAAAACUAUUUAUUCAGGAGAAACAAGCAUGGACAUUACCAAAAGUCACACAGUUGCAAUAGAUAAUCAAAUUUUUAAACAAGAUCAGACUGAUAUAUUGAUGGCAGUCAUACCAGUAUCUGAAAAAGAAAUGCUUAAGAAAAACCUAACCAUAUCAGAGAAUAGGGAAAUGAUUGUAAAUUGUAGCUCAGUUUCUCAUGCAUUUAAGGAAAGAUUACAGCAAAGCCAGGAAAAUCCUUUAUUUACUUCAUUGAGCGACAAGAAGACUGAAAUUUUUAUAAAUGAGGAUAUGAAUCUGACUGAAACUAAUUUAGGAAGUCAAGCACAUUUUACAUCUUAUAACCUAGCACCUGAGAAUAUCUGUAACCAUCACUGUCACAGCAAAAACUCUUCAGGUGAAUGUGUAUUUUUGUCAGGACAGUCUACCCUAAAAAAUUCUAAUGCUGCUGUUAACAGUUACACAGUGAAAUCUGUACUAGAUCAGAAUUCUAAACUGCCUGAGCCACCAAGGAGAAGUUUAGGUAACCCUAUUCCUGACUAUUCUCUUAACAAGAUGAUUGAUUAUUCAGAGGAGAACCCUAAUAUGGAUUUAACCAAGAACCACACUAUUUUCAUUGAAUUAGUUUCUUCUGAAGUACAAAAACUUGGUAAGAAUAAUCUAGAAAACACAAACAGCCAGCUAACAACAGUAAACAGAGAGGUAGCCGUAAAUGUUGAAAAAGGUACUAAUGUUUCUGUAGAAAAAAGUGGAGUGUUUAUGGACAAUGAUAACAUAGAUGGGAUGGCGGUCAAAAGUGUACAGGAACCUGGACUUCUGGGUGAAAAGAAAGAUGUUGAAAUUUAUAAAAGGAAAAGUGGCAAACUGAAUGUUGAUAAGACAAUUGUGUUUUCAGAGGUUGAUGAGAAUGAUAUGGAUAUCACCAAGAGUUAUACAGUGAAAAUAAAUCACAGACCUUUGCUAGAAGAAAAUGAUUCCUGUUUGGUGCCUUUAGCAGGAACAUCUAAAACUGUUUUGUAUGCAUGUGGGCAAGAUGACAUGGAAAUCACUACAAGUCAUACAGCAAUCUUACAAUGUAAAACUCUGUCACCAGAUAAAAUAACUACUAGGCCUAUGGAUAAAACAGUAAUACUUGUAGAUAGUCAUGAUGAACUGGAAAUAAUCAAGUCCCACACUGUUUUUAAUGACUGCCAAGCAAAGGAGGAAACUGUGCUUCCGAAUAGAUCUAACUUAGAACUGUACGAAAAGAAAAGCCCUGAAAAGCCAAAAGUGGCGUCUAUUUCUGCUGAGGAAAAUGUUUUCUUUCUGAAGAAUGAUGACGGUGAUCAUUCAGCAGCAAAGGUUGGCCACUUAACACAAACUGGGAAGUGGUUUAAUACUGGCUCCAGCACUGUAGAACUUAUAGGUGCUGAUAAUCUGGAAGUAUCUAAAUCAAACAUCUUGGAAAAUGACAAAGAUAUGCAAAAACCUAGGUUUCUGAAUGAACCUCUGCCAGGCAAAAGUCAGAAAAGGAAAAGCUUUAGAUUAAAAAGUGAUGAGACUACUGCAUUUUCAAAGAGUAAUCGUGAUGUGGAUUUCAUUCAGAGUGAUGUAAUCAAAAGAAAUAAUGAAAGUGCCUUAAAAGAUAGAGAGGACUUCUAUUUGCUUCCUUUGGCCAACACUUCUAAAACUGUUUUAUAUCCAUGUGGUCAGGAUGACAUGGAGAUCACUAGAAGUUAUACUACUGCCUUAAAAUGUAAAACUCUGUCACCAGAUGAGAAAACCACUAGGCCUGUGAACAACACUGUAAUGUUCGUAGAUAAUCAGAGUGCUCUGGAAGUCACCAAGUCCCAUACUGUUGUCAUUGAUUGUCUUACCACAAAGAAAUUUCUUCAGGAGUGCCCUCCAUUUGAGAUAGCAAAAAGAAAAACCUUGGGUGUCUUUUUUCCUACAGAUUCUAACUCUGUUCGAGAUAUCACUAAAAAACAAGCAGAGGAUAUAGAAAAUGAAAAUUUUCUUUACUCUGAUCAAAAGCCUCAAGUUCCUACUACCUUUCUUCCUACUAAGAUGUUAUCUGAGAGUCAAGGUGAGAUAGAAAUUAAUAAAUUCCAGAGCUCUACAAUGAAUGAAGAGGUCAUGGGGAAAGUUGUAGAACAAGCCUAUAUAUUGGAAAAAUCCAAAAUUGAUUGCUGUCACUUAAAUAGUACAAAUAUAGACAGUCAUGAAACUGUUCCUUGUGAAUCCGUUGAUAAUAAUUCUUGCUUACCAAAUGUUUCCUGUUCAAAUAAUUUGCACAGAAAUGUUAAGUCCUUAUGUGAUAAAACAAGAAAAACUAGUGAUUACCCAAUGCAAAAUGAUCUUACUUCAAACAAAUUUGCCAUAGAGAAUGACUCAAAAGCUGAGGGGCUGCUUCUAUCUGCUUUGUCAGAGAAGAAAAAAUGUAAUCAAGCCCAGGAACAGUUAGAUUGUGCCAUAACACCAUUCAAAGAUCAAGAUCUGAUUAAAGACUCCAAAAGUAUACUAGCUGGUCAAACUUUGGUGUAUAGUCAAGAUCUGGAGAAGAUGACUAAAAUGAAUUCUGAGCAAGUACCUAUGAAGCUGCCAGAUGCUCAGAAGUCCUUUGCUGAUAAUGCUGAACAUGAUGUAAAGGUCUUUAUUGAUGAAAUGCAUAUUAUUUCUCAACCACAUUUUUCAUCCGAAUACCUCUCAUUACCUCAACAAGGACAGAGCGUUGUCAAUAAAGAUGAAACACUAUUUUCUAAUGCUGAAAAUAAGAAUUUAAAUACUGUUUCAGGAAAUUCCUCUUUACACACACUUAAAAAUGGAUCCAAAAUGCUUACUAGUGAAAAAAAGUUUGCUGUAGCCUAUAAAAUUGAACAGGAAAAAAACAUAACAGAUUUCAACUUGACCAAGAUUUCAGACUUGUCCAAGCAAUUUAUUCAAACUCAUGCCAACCCUAAAGAAGCAUCAGAUCCUGUAAUUUCAUCUAAUGCUGGAAGUUUUAAUAAUGUCAGACCAAAUCUAAGUAGUUUGCAUGGAAAAACUGAAGAAAGUUUAGAUUUCAAAUCUAGUACUAUAUCACAUUCUUCAGAACAAUUACUUGAAUUAGUGACCAACAAAGUUAAAGAUGAUGCAGAUGAAGGAAACAAAAUCUCUCAGAAUGUUGCUGAAACUAAUCCUGUACCAAGUACUGCUAAGAAAAAUAAAAUGAAGAGAUGUUCUUUAGGAUUUUUUUUACCCAGAUUGCCAAGCAAGAGAAAUUGUAGUGUUAGUGGUAUGGAUAACCUGGAUCAGAUUCCAGCUGAUGCGACAGAUUUAAAUUGUAUAGAAACUCAGCCCAUCUCUGCUAAGGAUUCAGGCACUGAAUUUGUUGCCACUAAACUGAACGUAAGUCCAUCUCAAUAUAUAAGUGAGGAAACUCUUCCUAUAUCUGCUGCUGAGAUUAAUUCCUCAGACUCUGUUACCUCAGAAAUGGAGGAAAAUGCUUUGACUGAAAUAAACCAAAAAGAGACUUCAGCAUCUGAAAAUAAAAUGGUAGAAAACUGCAACAGUCAAAAAAGAAUCUGGGUACAAGAAGAGGAUGAUACUCAAAAUGAGAAAAAAAUUAUGAAACAUGACAUUAGGUUUAAUGAUACUGCACCAGGCCAGGAGAUUUCUGGUCACCAUGCUGAAGGAAAUAUAGAUAAAGUUGCUAAUAUUAUGAGCAGACCCCCAUCCUGUUGCAGCAGUUCCCUGGAUUCAAUCAAAGCUGAUGGAACUUCUCUGGACUUGAGCACACACCGCAAUAGUCAAAUUGAAUCGCAGUUUCUCACAGAUCCUACUAGUGAAGAGAGCUUGAAGGAGAAACUUAAAGAUGGGAGAAUAACAUUAAAAGAGUUCUUUAUACUUCUUCAAGUUCACAUUUUGAUACAGAAGCCUCGACAGAGCAACCUCCCAGCCAAAUUUACUAUAAACACACCAGCUACUCCAGAAGACUUGAUGUUAAGUCAAUAUGUUUACCGACCCAAGAUACAGAUUUAUAGAGAAGAUUGUGAUGCUCUUCACCAAAAGAUUGAAGAAUUAAAGCUUUCUGCUCUGAACCAAGACAAGCUGUUAACCGAUGUAAAUAAGAAUCUGUGGGAAAAAAUGAAGCAGUGCUCUGAUGAAGAGUUGAAGGCCUUUGGAAAUUACUUGAACAAAAUAAAAUCACGUUUUACAAAGAUGACUAAAGUCUUCACUCAUCAAGGAAAAGUGGCUCUCUACAGCAAGUUGGUGCAGUCAGCUCAGAAUGAGAAGGAGAAACUUCAGAUAAGGAUAGACAAGAUGGACAAUACACUUAAGAAGAUUGAUAAUUGUCUCACUGAAGUGGAAAUGGUAACUAAGGAUUUGGACUGUGAAGAGAAAUUCAAUACUAUAGAAGAAUGGGAUUCUGAAAUGAGAGCUGCUGAGAAAGAACUGGAACAACUGAAAACUAAAGAAGAAGAACUUCAAAGAAAUUUUUCAGAACUUGAGCUUCAGAAAGCACAAAUCCUUGAACAAACAGACUCUAUACAAAAACAAGCAAGUAAAAUUAAUGAAUUACUGGAUCAUGUAAGCUCAUCAUCUGAGUGGGAUAUUACUGAAUGGAGCGAUGAUCAAGCUGUAUUCACCUUUCUUUACGACACAAUAGAACUCACCAUAAUCUUUGGAGAGACAGAUGUUGGUCUCCCUUUCUUGGACAAGUUUUGUAGGAAGAUCACUGACCUAAGUUUUCAGUCUCUAUUAGAUGAGAAUGAAGCUCCUUCUUCAUCUCUUUUAGUUCAUAAACUUAUUUUUCAGUACAUUGAGGAUCAGGAAUUCUGGAAAAAGAAGUGUAUAACCCAGCAUCAUGUACCCAAGAUGCUUCAAGAAAUAUCUUUAAUAGUGAGUCAUUGCAGAUUGCUUGGAAAAGAGAUUGAGUUUUUAAAGAGAUGGGGACCACACUAUAGUCUUAUGAACAUAGAUGUAAAUAAUACUGAAUUGAAGCUUUUAUUCUCCAGCUUUGAAGCAUUUGCAAAGUUCGAAAUAACUUUGUCUCUCUCAGCUUAUUAUCCAUCUAUACCCUUGUCUUUCACCUUUCAAAAUCAUAUUGGAAACAUUGGCAAAGAUCAAAUCACUGCCAUUCUAUCUAAAGUACCAUUGGAGGACAACUACUUGAAGAAUGUAGUCAAGAAAAUUUACCAAGAUCUGCUUCAAGAUUGAAAUUUCUACUAGAUCCAUGGACCACAGCAUAGUAUACUUAAUAUUAAUUAGUAUUUUAGAAUCUUCGUAAUAUUUCAGCAUCUUCAUUGUUGUUUAUUUUUGUUAUAUAAGACUUAAUAAAAUUCCUUUAGAUGAUGUUGC